CUCCCCACAGGUAGAACCAUGAGGGCCCUUCUUCACAUCUGCAAUCCCCAUGUCCAUGCGAGCAGCAGCAGAUGCUUCGUCCCCGUCGUGUCCCUCGUGCUCCUCGCUGCUCUUCUUGCGGCUUCCAACCUGCUGUACACCACCUUCCCACACCCCUGGCGCGUGUUUUCUUCUCAUCUUCACACACGAUCACGACGAGGCGAGGGCGGGGGCUGUGACAUCUUCAGGGGCGACUGGGUGCCGGACCCGGACGCGCCCUACUACACCAACGACACCUGCUCGGUCAUCCACGAGCACUACGACUGCAUGAGGUUCGGCAAGCCGGACCUCGGCUUCGUCAACUGGCGGUGGCGGCCCGACGGCGACGGCUGCGACCUGCCCCGCUUCGACCCGGCCCGCUUCCUCGCCCUGAUGAGGAGCAAGACCAUCGCCUUCGUCGGGGACUCCCUCGCCAGGAACCACAAGGACUCGCUCAUCUGCCUCCUCACCAGAGUCGCGGAGCCUACGACGAGCUGGCCGAGCAGCAAGCACACGGUGUACCACUACGGCGAGUACAACUUCACCGUGGCCAGCUUCUGGGCGCCGUACCUGGUCCGACACGAGCAGAUCGACGACGACGGACCGGCGCACACGGGCUUGUGGAACCUCCACCUCGACGAGGCGGAGGACGUGUGGGCGGCGCGCAUCCCGGAGCUCGACUACGUCGUCGUGUCGGCGUCCAGCUGGUUCUACCGCCCAUCCAUGCUGUACGCGUCCGGCCGGCUCGUCGGCUGCCACUACUGCCAGCUGCCCAACGUCAGCGACCUCACGCCGCGGUACGCGCUGCGCAUGGCCACGCGGGCCGCGCUGCGGGCGCUGUCCGGCGCCGACGGCCGGUUCCGCGGCACUGCGCUGCUGCGCACCGUGGACCCGUCGCAGUACGAGGGCGGGCAGUGGAACAGCGAGGACGGGAACUGCGUGCGGACGGCGCCGUCCCGGCGCGGCGAGAGGAGGGUCGAGGGCUUCGAGCGCGACUUCCGCGAGCUGCAGCGGGAGGAGUUUGCGGCGGCGGCGGAGAGGGCGGCGGCCACGGGCAAUGCCAGGAUGAUGCUGAUGGACACGACGGAGGCGAUGAUACUGCGGGCCGACGCGCAUCCCAGCAAGUACCGGGGCUGGACGCCGGAGAAGCACUUCACCCUGUACAACGACUGCGUGCACUGGUGCCUGCCGGGGGCCAUCGAUACCUGGAACGACAUGCUGCUCCAUAUGCUCAACUCUACAUAAAACAAAAUGAGAGAUCUAUUGAUAAUAAAUAUAAAUCAUAUAGAUCGGGUGACUGUACUUCAGUUGGAUUAUAAUCAGCAAUGGCCAAUACUGCUUGCCAUAUGUAAAACCCAUUUGUACAGCUAUACAUUGUAAAAUGAUCGCUGUAUGUCUUUGCCAGUGUGUACGAGAGAGCUGAGCACUCGUGAUGCCGAGUUACCUAGGGGCCGAUCCACUAGAAAAUAGAGAGUAAACCGUCGAAUAAACAUUAGUUUUUUUUUUGAAAAGGAGGAAUACCCCCGGCCUCUGCAUCUGAUCGAUGCAUACGGCCAAAAUCGAAUAAACAUUAGUGGAGUAAAAAAAAAUUUACUCCAAUAAGUUUUGGUCAUUUCUAGUCAAUCUUCUAAACUUAGCGAGGUAAAACAUACAAUUGACUUAUGCAUUCCAUCGAGCACUUGCUAUACGUCUCCGCGACGAGUGGCGACGAUGAUGACCAUGCCGGCGACGGUGCUGCCGACCACACGUCUGUCGGCCUCCGCCAUCGUGACGAUAUUCACCGGUCGUGCCACCUGCAAACGCCCACGAACUGAAUAUCAAAAUUUGUACC